CAUUUCACAAUCUUAAGAACAAAGGAAAGGCUUCAGCUUCCAGGGGUCCAACCAAAGGCGACCUCAGGGAAAAAUAAAAAGGAUCUGAUCCUCUUGUGUCAUUGGAGGCUGCAUCGUUUGAGGUGGUCAGGAUGAGCAAGGAGGAUACGCUCAAGGUUCAAAUCUGCGUGUUAAAAGUAAACAUCCACUGUGAUGGGUGCGAGAAGAAGGUCAAGAAGAUCCUCCACAAGAUUGAUGGUGUGUACCAGAGCAGCAUAGAUGCAGAGCAGGGGAAGGUGACGGUGUCUGGCCUGAUGGAUCCAGACACCGUCAUCAGGAAGCUGAACAGGGCCGGCAAGCCCGCUCAGCUGUGGGGCGGCAAGGCGCCUGGCGUGGUAAGCCAGCUUCAGAAGCUGCAGCUUGGCGGCGGUGGCAAGGGCCAGCAGCAGAAGGAUGCCGGCGGCAAGGGUCAGCAGCCGAAGGAUGCCGGCGGCAAGGGCCAGCCUAAGGGUGGAGCGGGCGCUGGAAACGGCGGGGGUGGCGGCGGCGGCGCGAAAGAUGCAAAGAUGGCGAUGCCGCAGCCGACUCCGCAGCAGCUUCAGCAACUGCAGCAACUGCAACAGCAGAUGCAGAUGAAGGGGAUGAAGCUUCCUCCCCAGCUCAUGGGCAUGGGCGGCAAGAUGCCGUUCCCGGCGGCCGCGCCGCCGGCGAAGGACCCCAAGGCUGUCAGGUUCAACGUUUCCGAGGAUGACGAGUUCGGGGACGACGGCAGCGAGUUCGAUGAUGAGUUCGACGACUUCGACGACGAGGACUUCGAGGACGACGGCCUCGACGACAUUUACGACGAUCCCAAAAUGAUGAUGAAGCCUAUGGCCAUGCCGCCGGCCGCCGGCGGGGGCGACAAGAAGGGUGGCCACGGCGGCGGCAAUGGUGGCAAGAAAGGCGGCGGCGGCAACGAGAUCCCGGUGCAGAUCAAGGGGAACGCCAACAACGGCGGCAAGGACUCCGGCGCGAAGCAGAACCAGGGUGGCGGAGGCGGCCACGGCAAGAACGGUGGCGGCGCGCAGCCGCCGCAGAACGGCAAGGGCGGCGCCCCAGGCGGUGGGAACCAGCUUGGCCAGGCCAAGAAGGGCGGCGGCCCGAUGAUGGGCGGCAUGCCGCCGCCGCAGCAGCCGGGCAUGAUGAUGAUGAGGCCGCCGAACAUGAUGGGCGGCGCCGGUUUCCCCGGUAUGGGCCAGAUGGGCGGCGGGCCCAUGGGCGGCAUGCCGAUGGGCCACCCCCACAUGGGUGGCAAUGGCAUGCAGCCGGGCGGCGGCAGUGGCGCGGUCCACGGCAUGCCGGCCGGCGGCAUGAUGCCUGGGGCUGGGUUCUACCCGGGCGGCGGCAUGCCGUCGGGACCGGAGAUGGUGCCGGCGGCCGGGAACCCCAUGGCGCAGCAACAGCAGCAGUACAUGGCCAUGAUGCAGCAGCAGCAGCCGCCGCAGAUGAUGAUGAAUGGCCAUGGCCACGGCGGCGCCGGGUACCCGCCGACGGGGUACGGGUACGGGUACGGCCGGCCGGCGAUGCCCUACCCGCCGCCGGCGUACUACCCUACGCCGCACCCGCAUGACAACAUGUUCAGCGACGAGAACCCCACCAACAGCUGCUCGGUGAUGUGAGGCAAGGUCGCCGGCGCCUGCCAAAGCUUCCUCCUGCUGAUGCUUCGGACGAAGUGAACCAACCGGAAGGUCACAGGUGGCCGUCGGUCAGCGUCGUCACCAUGGUCGAAAUAACAACCUGGAUCGGUCGGUCAGUACUCAGUAUACAUGAGAAGCUAGCUAGUACCAGCAGCUAGAAUCUCCCCCUUUUCUUUUCCCAUCUCCUUUUUCUUUUCUAGUUUAUUUUCACUCUCCUCUUCCUUUGAACAAAAAAAGCAACUUCCUUGAACGGGAAGGUAGGUAUAGUAAUUAUCAAUAGUGGUCAUAAGAGAUGGUGGUGCUCUAUCAAUAGUAGCUCAAGAAGGUGGUGGUGCUCUAUCCCAUGUGUGUGAUGGCAAGGCAUGGUAGAAGAAUGCGCAAAACAUAGUGUGCUGUGCUCGAGCUGCGUCUCUUCUCUCUAUCUUCGACAUGCUAGCUAGCGGAAUGCUGGCUGUCAACUCUUCUAGUGCCUUUGCCUUUGUGCUGGCCUUGACUA